AUGGUUGCGCCGACACCCAAGACACCGCGUCACCACCUCACCGAGCAAGAAAGGCGCCUCUGUUGCGAGGCUCUGCUAAGUGAGCGUCACGAGCGCCGCAUUCGACGGACAGAGCAGAAGAGCGGCGGCGAUAGAGCAGGGCAGACGAAGGCGAAGAAGGCGACAAAGAAGAAGGCUGCCAAGCGCACAACGGCAGAUAUGGAGGUGGCGCAGUAUAAAGGUCUGUAUAUCCCUUCAGAAAGUGCUCGGGUUGCAGACACGGCGGACGAAAAAGAGGGCUCGCGAAGCCAGACGAUUGCUGAAGCGAAGGAAACGAUAGAGACAACCGCGAUAGCGGAUGCGAUGGAGGUGGAAGCAGACCACGAGACGGAGGUGACAGAAGUCGUCGCGGACAUGGUUUUUAGCGUUGAGACUGCGCUGCCUGCCCAACAGUCUGGUAUCGCGUUAGCUACUACUGAUUCCAGUGCUGAAAAACGAAAGCGUAGUACUCAAGCUCCGACAAGAGAGCAUCGCCGCGCUCUCCUACAAGAAGACAGCGAUGGCGACGAUGACACGAGAAUGCAAGGUGACGAAGACGAGAGUGUUUACGAAGCAGACGUUGAGCACAGUGUACCUGCGUGUGUUAUUGACACAGACCCUAACUUUAUGGACGAAGGAGCUGACGAAUGCACCGGGCUCAACUCCGAUGAGGACCCAGAGCUUCGUGAGGAACCUGAAGACGAAGAGGAUGCUGAUGACGAUAGUUGGGACGGUGACUGGGACAUUGGAGAGCUGACAGAUGAAGAUUCGGACCACGACAUCGAGGAGCUUCCAAACACGGCGUGGUUGUCCGCAGCGAAGAACGCACCACUGAUCACUGCAAUGCGUACCGAUGUAUGGCGAUCGAGGUAG